GCAUUCGAGAUGUCACGGAUUCGAAUCCUAGCUUGAGACUUAAUGUGGAGUUUUGUUUGGGAGGAGAAUGUGAGUGUGAAAGGUUGUUUUUCUUUUGUACCCCAUCUCUUGCUCAAAGUGAUUCAAAUAUGUAAAGAUAGAAAAGUAAAUGGAUGCUGCACAGGAGUUUGGUCUCUCUUUUUUGUGAGCCCCAAACCAUUUGUUAUCAGUGUGUUGGUGCAACAGACCCAUCUGGUGUGUGUGUGUGUGUGUGUGUGUGUGUGUGCUGUUUGUAGAGUAAGAUCCCCGAUUGGGAUACAAAAGGACUUCUUCCCAGGUUGAGCGGAGGCACACGCUAAUGCCUGUGCAGGAUUCCCAUUCUUCUUCCAGCAAAUUUCAGGCAUGAGGGCCUGCAUAAUAUUUCUUUGCCUUCUGGCUGCAGCAUUCCCUUUAUCUGUAGAAAAUAAUCGUCAUGAAAAGCAGAGAACUUCCCACACGGCCAACGAAAAGGACAUUGCCAUUGAGGAGUCCAACCAGGCACCGGUCCUGCCCACUUUAGUGGCUGUUGAAGCCAGUAACCAGAAGCAGGAAGAAGAGGAAGCGAGCGCGGAAGAUAACGCUACCGUUGAGAAAAAGAGCGGCGCAUUUGAGAUGACGAAGGAUGAAAGCGAGGCCUUCCUCCUGAGUGAGGACGAUCUGGUGGACCUCCUGAAAAAGGAAGAAGCAGAAGAGGAAGAAGCAGAAAAACCAGAGAUGGGUGAGGAGGUGGACACAAGCGUUGAUGAAGAGAAGUUCAGACUAACAGAAGAAGUGCAAAAGAAAUUGUUAACGAUGCAAGCUGAGCAGGUCAAAAAUGAGAGUGUGGGAAGUGGUGAAAUGUUUGUGAAAGAAAGCAAAGAGUCAGAAGUGGAGAUGAAAAACAAGAAAAAUGGGCAUGAAUCCUUAGGAGAAGAAAAUGUUGCGUUUUUGGAAGAAUCUGAAGACAGCACAGAGUCCAAGAUACUGUCCACUCUUGACUACGCUGGCGAUAGUGCAAUAGUGCCACCUCUACGGCUAAUUCCAGCCAAAGAUGACAUCAAGCCUUUUUCUACAUUAGCUACAAAAGAGGACACAUAUGCUGGUGGAGCCGUAGAUGUCCAAGUCAUGCAAAACAGUGAAGGGACAGGACAUCAAGGAGGGUCAAGUAAGGAUCAAAUUCAAGACAACAAGCCCAAAGACUCACAGGCACAGCUGGCUGGGAAAGACGAGGUGAAAAGUAACGCUGAGAGUGGGGACAACGGCAGUGGAAAGACACGGAGACCAAAGAAGCAGCAAAGAACAAGGAAGCACUCGCCACAAAAGGAGGAAAAACAAAAUGAUCCGGAACAAAGCCACAAAGCGCCUCAAGAGAUGGGAGGAGGACCCAAUAACAGCACAGUCCAGAAGGCAAAACGGAGAAGAGCAGGACAAUGGGGCCCUUUAGUAGGUGUCAACCCAGUGCAGAUAAGGGCCAAAGUGGAUCUCUACCCGAGUGCCAGGUCUUCUUCUCCCCCAGACGCCCCUCCUGAUCCAUGCGAUGACUUCCGCUGCAAGCGUGGAAAAAUGUGCAAACUUGAUCAAGAUAAGAAGCCAAGUUGUGUCUGCCAGGAACCCACAGAAUGCCCCCCCAGUUUGAAUGAGUUUGAUCACGUUUGUGGAACAGACAACAAGACAUACAGCACUUCGUGUGAACUUUUCGCCACAAAAUGCAAUCUGGAAGGCACCAAAAAGGGGCACAGACUUCAUCUGGACUACACAGGGCCGUGCAAAUUGAUACCUCCAUGUGUGGACACAGAGCUGGUCCAGUUCCCGCUGCGAAUGAGAGACUGGCUCAAAAAUGUGCUGCUGCAGCUUUAUGAACACGACUCGAUGUCCGCCGGCUACCUCACCUCCAAGCAGCGAUUCAGAGUGAAGAAAAUCUUUGAGAGUGAAAGACGUCUUCAUGCUGGUAAUCACUCUGACGAGCUCCUGGCUCAAGACUUUGAGAAGAACUACAACAUGUACAUCUACCCAGUGCACUGGCAAUUUGCUCAGCUGGACCAGCACCCCUCUGACAGAGUGCUAUCCCAUUCAGAACUGGCUCCACUCAGGGUCCCUCUGGUACCUAUGGAGCACUGUACCUCUCGCUUCUUUCAAGAGUGUGAUGCCGACAAGGACAAGCAUGUGUCCCUUACAGAGUGGACUUCCUGUUUUGGCAUCAAGAGCAAUGACGUCGAUGUCAACCUUCUCUUUUAAGGACACACUGUAGCUCACCAACAGUUGUCUCGACAUGGCAGAUGCUCCAACAGUUCCAUUCUGAGCAACGCCCCCCAGUUGUGCUCUUUAUGAGCAAAGGUAUUGAGACUUUAAUUAAUGAAUCAGGGGUUGGGCUUGA